AUGUAUGGCCUUGUCAAGGGAAUUGCAGAAGAAUUAUGGAAUAAACUACAUAAGAAAGCAUCUGUUUUAUUCCUCGGUAUUGACGGCGCUGGAAAAACAACUUUAGUUGAAAAACUUUUAAAAUAUGCUGAUCCCACUAGAAAAGAAAAGACAAUUCUGCCCACAUACGGGCUAAAUUCCGAAGACAUAUCAAAGGAUUCGACUAUAUUGCGAUUUUGGGACUUAGCUGGAAAACCUAUGUUUCGAAAUGUCUGGAAAAACUAUAUAAAUGACGCUGACAUACUAGUAUACGUCGUAAAUGGCUCCCAGAUGGAGCGAAUCCACGAAAGUCGAAAGGCUUUCGACGAAAUUUAUACAGAAUUUAAAGGCGUUCCGUUAAUAGUUUUUUUGAACGCUGAUCCAAGUAUAAUUAAUAGUUUCCCUUCAGCUCACUUAUGCACACACUUUUUUAUCGAUGUUUCAAAAAUCGAUGAAUUAGGAAAAUUAUUUUCUCAUUUACAAAGUCUUGCACACUAA